ACAGCUCCACCCGCCCCGCGCAGGCGCUGGAGCCGUUGGCCAGGCGCACCUGGAGCUGCGACGCCGCCUCCGCACCUGCGGGGCACGACAGGUGUGGCGCACCUGGGCGGGGCUCCAGAUGUGGCUGGGGUGUGGCUUCAGGCGGGAAAAGGGGUUCUGGGGCCAACAGGUGAGCAUUGGGAGGGGUUUGGGGGUCAACAGGUGAGUCUGGGAGGGUUUGGGAUCAAACAGGUGAGUAUUGGGAGGGUCUCAGGGUCAACAGGUGACUGUGGGAGGGUUCUGGGGUCAACAGGUGAGUCUGGGAGGGUUCUGGGCUCAGGUGUGGUCACAGGUAGGUCCAACCAGGUAACCCCCCCCCUUCCCCACCUCCCUGAGCCCCCUACCCGCCCCUCCCCAAGCCCCACCUGCCUCACCUGCACACACCACACCCACGUCAGCGCCGUGCUCACAGCUGGCCUCUCCCCAGGGCCCCACCUGGCACUCGCCCAGGUGGCCCUCAGUGCCUGUGCAGGUGACCCGGUCCAGCCACACUGGCCCCUCCCCCUGCCCAAAGUGGGCCCCGCCUGGCGCUGACAGGGCGGGACCACAGCCCACCUGGCGACAGACCACCUGAGCCUCGGGCAGGCCCCAGGUGUGGCCGCAGAGCGUCCCCCACCUGUGCAGGUAAAGCACCUCCACGCGUCCCGCACAGCGCCCGGGGCCGCCCGCCAGGCGCAGCGGGACAGGUGAGGGUGGGGCCAGGGCGGGACCUGGAUGGGCGGGGAGAGAACAAGAGGAGAGUCAGGAUAGGUGUGGAGGGGGUCAGGUGUGUCUCAGGUGUGACCCUGAAGUCCAGGUGUGACCCCAGGAACAGGUGUGACCCCAAAGCCCAAGUGUCUCCCAAUGUCCAGGUGUGUCCCCACCUCACCUGUCCCCCCCCAGCUGUGUCCCCCCCCACUCACCGCUCAGGGACAGGUAGAGGAGCAGCCCCAGGUGGCUCUGCAGGUAAAGGAGCCUCAUGUUGGGAGUGCACACCUGGGCACAGGUGAGGUCCCAGCAGGGGCUGAGGUGGGCACAGGUGUGGCCUGCACAGGUGAGAAUGUAUGUCCAGAACAGGUGACGUCACGGGUGAGAAGGUGUAUCCUGCAUAGGUGAGAAGGUGUGUCCUGGACAGGUGAGUGCCCCUCCAACACCUGAGGACCCCCAGUCACACCUGAGUCCCCCCAACACACCUUAGGACCCCCAGACGCACCUGGGAACACCCAGACACACCUACGCCCCCCCCAGUGCUUUAAGGACCUGCCACACCUGAGUUCCCCACACACCUGAGCCCCCCCAGAUGCACCUCGGGGCCCCCAGACACACCUGAGCCCCCCCAGACACACCUGGGGGCCCCCAGACACACCUGAGCCCCCCCAGACACACCUGGGGGCCCCCAGACACACCUGAACCCCCCCAGACACACCUGAACCCCCCCAGACACACCUGGGGGCCCCCAGACACACCUGAGCCCCCCCAGACACACCUGGGGGCCUCCAGACACACCUGAGCCCCCCCCCAGCGGUUUUAGGGACCCCGAGAAACACCUGAGCCCCCCAGGUGGGAUUUACCUGCCCCCCCGAAGCAGGUGCGGCCCCCUCAGGUGCCCCCUCCGCGUGCCGGGGGUGGGGGAGGGGGAACCUCUGGACCCUCCCGGGUUUGUCCCGGUUUUCUUCCUGGAAAAGCCGCUGACGCAACCGCGGGGUCACGGGGGGGGAGAAGGGUCACCUGGACACCUGGCGCUGGUCCAGGGGGGGAGGGGCCACCCCAGUUCGCCCUCCCAGUUGAAUGCCGGGACCCCUCGCCUCCCCCUCACCUGGGACCGGCUCACCUGGGCCGGGAUGGGGGGCUCAGGUGGCUCAGGUGGGCGCCGGACCCUCCCCAGGGGGGACCCUCUCACCUGGAGGGGGGCGGCGCUGAGGACCCUCCUGGCCAUGACGUACCUGUGUGGUGUGUCCCCGUCCCCCCCGGGGGUCUCCGUGCGCCUCCAGGGGGGUCCCGACGGCUGCUCGGGGCGGGUCGAGGUGCUGCACAACCUCACCUGGGGCACCGUGUGCGACGACGGCUGGGGCGUGGCCGAGGGCGAGGUCACCUGUGCCCAGGUGGGCUGCGGGCGGCUGCGGGCGCUCGCCCCCGGCGCCAGGUACGGCGAGGGGGAGGGGCCCAUCUGGCUGGACGAGGUGAAGUGCGCGGGGCACGAGGGGCACCUGGAGCAGUGCCGGGCGCGGCCCUGGGGGCAACACAACUGCGGCCACGGCGAGGACGUGGGCGUCGAGUGCGCAGACUCGGUGACGUCAUCGCUGGGCUCCCUGCAGCUGCGGGAGGGCCCCGAUCGCUGCUCGGGGCGGGUGGAGCUGCUGCACCUGCACAGGUGGGGCACGGUCUGCGACGACGGCUGGGACCUGCAGGAUGCUCAGGUGAUCUGCCACCAGCUGGGCUGCGGCCACGCCCUCGCCGCGCCCGGCCACGCCCACUUCGGCCGGGGCCACGACGUCAUCUGGUUGGACGAGGUGAACUGCACCGGGACGGAGAAUUCCAUCCUGGAAUGUCCCGCCAAGCCCUGGGGGGACAACAAUUGCUUCCACGGGGAGGACGCCGGCGUCAUCUGCUCAGCCUCCAGGAUGGCGGUGCCCGCCCAGGUGCGCUUGGCCAACGGCUCCACCCGCUGCCAGGGGCAGGUGCAGGUGUCCUACGGGGGCACCUGGGCGGCCCUGUGCGACCACGGGUGGGGCCUGGCCGAGGCCCAGGUGGUCUGCAGGCAGCUGGGCUGCGGCCACGCCCUCUCCGCACCUGGAGGCUCCUGGUUCGGGCGGGAGCAGAUGAAGGUGUGGCCAGGGAGCGUCACCUGCGUGGGGACAGAGCGGGAGCUCCUGGGCUGCCAGGUGAAGCCCUGGGAGAACCGCACGUGUCACCUGGGCGGGGCGGCAGGCGUGGUCUGCACAGGUAACCCCGAGGCCGACCAAGUGCGCCUGGUGAGCUCCGGCAGCCGCUGCGCCGGGAGGGUCGAGGUGUUCCACAACGGCAGGUGGGGCACGGUCUGCGACGACACCUGGGACCUGGCGGACGCCCAGGUGGUCUGUCGCCAGGUGGGCUGCGGGAAGGCCCUGUCGGCACCUGGGAGGGCCCAGUUCGGGCGGGGCACUGGCAUCAUCUGGUUGGAUGAGACCAACUGCACAGGGGCGGAGCCUCACCUGUCCGCCUGCCCCGCCCGGCCCUGGGGUCGCAACGACUGCUACCACGGCGAGGACGCAGGUGUGGUGUGCUCAGGUGCGGAGCCGUCGGGCGGUGCCCAGGUGCGCCUGGUGGGCGGCCCAGGUGAGUGCGCAGGGCGGGUCGAGGUGCUCCACGCCGGCGCCUGGGGGACGGUCUGCGACGACACCUGGGACUUCGCCGCCGCCGCCGUCGUGUGCCGCUCCCUGGGCUGCGGCCAGGUGAUCUCGGCCCCGCCCCGCGCGCGCUUCGGGGAGGGGCGUGGCCCCAUCUGGCUGGACGGGCUCACCUGCCAGGGCCACGAGGGGCACCUGGAUGAGUGUCGCCACAAGAGCUGGGGCAUCCACGGCUGCGAGCACAACGAGGAUGCCAGCGUGGUGUGCGCAGGCUCUCACCUGGCCGACCUGACCCACCUGCGCUUGGCCGAUGGUGCCGACAGGUGCUCGGGGAGGGUGCAGGUGCUCCACGCCGGGCGCUGGGGUGGGAUCUGUGCCCACUCCUGGCACCUGGCGGCCGCCCAGGUGGUCUGCGCCCAGGUGGGCUGUGGGGGAGCAGCGGGCGUGGACCAGGUGAGGCCAGGCGAGGGCGAGCUCACCUGGCUGGAGGCCGUUACCUGCCGGGGGGACGAGGGGGCUCUCCUGGAGUGCCAGGUGAAGGGCUGGGGGGGGCCCCGCACCUGCGGCCAUGGAGGACACGCCCACGUCACCUGUACAGGUGUGACCCAGGGGCGCUCCAGUUUUCCUGGAAGCUCAGGUGAGCCAGGUGAGCUCCGCCUGGCUGACGGCCCCCACCGCUGCUCGGGGCGCGUCGAGGUUCUCCACAACCACACCUGGGGCACUGUCUGCGGCCACACCUGGGACCUGGCGGCUGCCCAGGUGGUCUGCCGUCACCUGGGCUGCGGCCACGCCCUCAGCACACCUGGAGCCGCCCGUUUUGGGGCGGGGCCCGGUCCUGCCUGGCUGGACGGGUUCAGGUGCGUCGGCAACGAAACCACCAUUGCCCAGUGCCCGGGCAGCACCUGGGGGCGGCACACCUGUGAUCACCUGGACCACGCCGGGGUCGUGUGCUCAGGUGCCCCCCCGGCAGGUAACUCCAGCUCGGGUGAGGUGAGGUUGGUGGACGGGCCUCACCUGUGCAUGGGGCGUGUCGAGGUGCUCCACGAUGGCCAAUGGGGGACAGUCUGUGACGACAGCUGGGACCUGAAGGAGGCCCAGGUGGUCUGUCGCCAGGUGGGCUGCGGGGAGGCCCGGGCCGCCCAUGGCCACGCCCAUUUCGGGCAGGGGGCAGGGCCCAUCUGGCUGGAUGACAUCACCUGCGCGGGGGACGAGACGCACCUGGCGCAGUGCCGCGCCCAGCCCUGGGGGAGCAACAACUGCCACCACGGCGAGGACGCGGGUGUGGUGUGCUCAGGUGCCAACGUGACGGAGGAGCAGUUCCAGGUGCGCCUGGUGGGCGGCCCCACCCCCUGCGCGGGGCGGGUGGAGGUGCUGCACGAGCACAGGUGGGGCACGGUCUGCGACGACACCUGGGACCUGCGGGACGCGCGGGUCACCUGCCGCCAGCUGGGCUGUGGGGACGCCGUGGCCGCCCCCGGCCACGCCCACUUCGGGGAAGGAGUGGGGCCCGUCCUGCUGGACCACGUGGGCUGCACAGGUGAAGAGAACACCUUGGAAGAGUGCGACAAGGGCCCCUGGGGGGUCCACAACUGCAACCAUGAGGAGGACGCAAGUGUGGUGUGCACAGGUCCCACCCCCCUGCAGGUGCGGCUGCGGGACGGCCCCGGGCCCUGCACGGGGCAGGGGCAGGUGCUGCACAACCACACCUGGCUGGGCGUGUGCGGCCGCACCUGGAGCCUGCUGGAGGCAGAGGUGGUGUGCAAGGAGCUGGGCUGCGGCCCCGCCCUCAGCGCACCUGUCGGCGCUCACCUGGCCCCGGGGGCGGCGCUGGAGGGUCUCACCUGUCGGGGCUCCGAGACGCUGCUCUUGGAGUGCCUGAGGGAGGGAGCGAGGCCGGGCACCUGCCACACAGGUGGGGCCGCAGGUGUCGUGUGCGCCACGCCCAAAGGUGUGCCCCCCACCUGUGCACCCCUGGUGGCCCUGCUGGGGCUGCUGACGUCACUCAGUGGGGUCCUGCUCUGGCUCACCUUGAGGACCAGGUGUGUGGGAGAAGCCCCAGGUAAAGGUCACCUGGGGGCCAUUUACCUGCCCAGGAGGGUCCCCCCUGAGGAGGUGGAGACACUGCAGCUCAUCAAGGACGAUGCCCCCUGAUCUCACCUGUCACCUCUCACCUGCCCCCCCCAAACACACCUGGGGGGGCUCAGGUGUCCCCACACACCUGGGGCAGGUGGAGGGGAGCAAAAAAAGUGGGAAAAUGGGGUGGAAAUUAAUAAAAUUGGGGUUUUCAGCCAUC